UUCUUUCUUCCAUUCUCUCUCUAAUAUCUAUCUCUAUCUCUCUUCUUCAGUUCUUCUUCUUCUUCUUCUUGAGCUUCAGUAGUACUAACUAAGUACCUGUUUACAUUAUAAGCUAGCUAGGUAUAAUAUAUGGAGAUAGAUGCCAGCGGUAGCGGCGGCGGAGAUUUGGAGAUGUUUGGAGGAGAAUAUGAGGGAGGAGGGGCAUAUUUGGUAUGGGAAGAUCUGACGGUGGUGCUACCCAACUCCGGCGGCGGCGGCAUAUCUCCGAGAAGGCUACUGAGAGGUCUCAAUGGAUACGCUGAGCCGAGUCGGAUAAUGGCCAUUAUGGGUCCUUCCGGCUCCGGCAAGUCCACCCUUCUUGACUCCCUAGCAGGUAGACUAUCAAGGAACACUGUAAUGACUGGAAAUAUUUUUCUUAAUGGGAAGAAAAGGAAACUUGAUUAUGGUGUUGUGGCUUAUGUAACUCAAGAGGACGUGUUAUUAGGCACUCUUACCGUAAGGGAAACAAUCGCUUACUCGGCAAAUUUAAGGCUCCCAACAUCUCUGAGAAAGGAAGAGGUGAAUGAUAUUGUCGAGGGAACAAUAAUGGAAAUGGGUCUCGAAGAAUGCGCCGAUCGAAUGAUCGGAAACUGGCAUUCUCGGGGCAUUAGUGGCGGGGAGAAGAAGAGGGUUAGCAUUGCCCUUGAGAUUCUCACUCGCCCUCCAAUAUUGUUCCUAGACGAGCCCACGAGUGGCCUUGACAGUGCCUCGGCCUUCUUUGUGAUCCAAUCACUUAGAAGCGUAUCCCGUGAUGGUAGAAUCGUUGUUUCAUCCAUUCAUCAACCUAGCAGCGAAGUGUUUGCACUAUUUGAUGACUUGUAUUUGCUUUCUGGAGGCGAAACCGUCUACUUUGGUGAGGUGAAAAUGGCCAAUAAGUUCUUUGAAGAAGCGGGAUUUCCAUGCCCGAGUAGAAGGAAUCCUUCCGAUCAUUUCUUACGUUGCGUUAAUUCAGACUUCGACGUAGUAACAGCAACACUCAAAGGAUCACAAAGACAUCGGGAAGCUAGACAAGAUUCGGAUCCCAUUAUGGAAGUUCAAACAUCGGAGAUUAAAAGGAUGCUACUUGAUAAGUAUAAAUCAUCGGAAUACGCAUUCAAAGCGCGACAAAGAAUCAAAGAACUUUCGGCUAUUAGAGGAGUGGAGGUCGAGGUAAAACGUGGAAGCCAAGCGGGAUGGUUGAAACAACUCUCGACACUGACAAGGAGAUCUUCCGUAAACAUGUCAAGAGAUUUCGGAUAUUAUUGGUUACGACUAGCCAUAUACAUAAUCGUGUCUAUUUGUGUUGGCACGAUCUAUUUUAACGUUGGCACCGGAUAUUCGUCGAUCUUAGCCCGGGGAGCCUGUGGUGGCUUCAUUUCGGGUUUCAUGACAUUUAUGUCCAUCGGAGGCUUUCCAAACUUUAUAGAAGAGAUGAAGGUGUUUUACAAGGAAAGACAGAACGGGUAUUAUGGAGUCACGGUUUUCAUUGUCUCAAACUUCGUUUCUUCCUUCCCAUUCCUAUUUUUGAUAUCGAUUUCCACGGGGACUAUAACUUAUUACUUGGUGAAAUUUCGGCCUGAAUUCUCUCAUUACGUCUUCUUUUGUCUCAACCUCCUUUGCAACAUAUCCGCCAUCGAGAGCUGCAUGAUGGUUGUAGCUUCAAUAGUUCCCAACUUCUUGAUGGGAAUUUUAACCGGAGCUGGAAUACUUGGAAUAAUGAUGUUGACAUCGGGCUUCUUCCGGUUGCUAGACGAUAUUCCAAAAAUAUUCUGGCGCUACCCGAUCUCGUACAUCAGUUUCCAGUCGUGGGCACUUCAAGGUGCAUACAAGAAUGAUUUGCUUGGACUCGAGUUCGAUAACCUAAUCCCAGGGACUCCAAAACUAAAAGGAUCGUACGUGAUAACCAAGAUUUACAAGAUCCCUCUAGACCAUUCAAAAUGGUGGGACUUGUUUGCGGUUAUUCUAAUCUUGAUAGCUUAUCGAAUCAUAUUUUUCAUCGUCCUCAAGCUCAAGGAGAGCGUCUCCCCCAUUUUCAAGUCUUGGUAUGCAAAUAGAGCAACUAGCAUACUCAACAAGAGGCCGUCUUUCAAAAAGAAACCUACUUUCGGUUCUAAGAGGUAUAUUCCUCCUCGCUCAUUGUCUUCUCAAGAGGGACUUAGUUCUCCAAUUCCUUAAAUGUCUUUUUAUAAUGCAUUUAUUUGGGUAUAUACAUGAUAAUUUUAUUGGAAUUAUGAUUCCAAUAAAAAAAUUAAAUGUUUUUCUUUGUUAUUUAUUGGAAUUAAUGUUGCUUUUUGAUUUGUUGUGACAUUGGAUAUUGAUAUAAAAUAAUUUCAAGCAUGUAAUAGUA